AUGCUGCGUCUAUCCAUUUUAGCUGUACUGGCUGUAUGUGGACAUGUGAUGUCACAUACAUAUCACCUGGGAACAUGUCCUGUUGUUGAACCGAUGGCAGGAUUUGAUAUGAAUCAGAUGCUGGGAAUUUGGUACGUAAUUCAGAAAACAUCGACCGCUUCACAUUGUAUCACAUACAACUUUACCAGGACCGACGAACCCGGUACAUAUCACCUGGAACAAGUCUCACAACAUUUUAUUUUGGGUUUAACGCCAUUGGAACAUGACUAUAGGUACACUGGAAUCCUAACUGUUCCUGACCGCGCUGUACCCGCAAGAAUGAAAGUGCGAUUUCCAUUAAGUGUCGCAGGCUCCGCUAGCUAUACAGUGAUGGCAACAGAUUACUCCAAUUACGCUGCCGUAUUCACUUGCCAGAAACUAGCCUUCGCAAACCGACGUUCCGCAACUAUUCUAUCAAGAAACAAGGAAUUGGAUAAGAUGUAUGUCGACAAGAUGCGUGCCAAAUUGUCUUCAUAUGGCGUUGAUCCCUACGAUUUGUCUAUUAUUUCACAAACUGAGUGUCCCAAACAUCCAAAUGGGACUGCAAAUGGCGUUAACAUUAACAUUGACCCCGAUACUUUCUCGUCACAUAACAUUGGUGAAGCUGUGAGAAAAACUGGAGGCGCUAUUGCUGGUGGUGUCGAAUACGUCGUAGAAGCGGGUAAGAAGGUAUAUCACAAAGUCGCGGAUAGCAAAGAAGACCUGACUGAAACGCCUGUUGGCGUUCAACCAAUUCGCACUAUGGAGGCUGAUGCUGAAUGGUUACCU